AUAAACAAUUGUUUGAUAUUUUGUAAUUUAAAUAGAAAUCAAUUUAUAAUUAUUAAAUCAAAUAUAAAGUGAAUCUGUAAGAUUGAGUAACAGUAUAUUUCAGGAGAGUCACUGAAUAAAUAAAGACAAAUAUGGUUUGACAAAAUUAAAAUCUAAUCCAAUAAAUAUAAAUAAUGAAGGAUUUUCCGAUUUCCUUUUGAACCUAAUAAAUUCAUCACUCAUCAGUCAAUUUGCGAACUGUAAAUCCCAAUGUCUAUUUAAGAACCGAACCAACGGUUCAGAUUUGUGGCACACACCUCUUUGACAUUUCUAGGAUUCGAUUAAAGUAUAGUAACUAUAAAAAAAACCAUAAACAGGAAACGCGGUGUCUCUCUUUCCUCUUCGCAGUUGUCUUCAGAUUCCCCCGAAUCUCUCACCAAACUAUCUUCGAUAUCGCACGCGCCGCCGCAGGCUUUGCCGCCGGCAACUGCUUUUACCCUUGUCUUCUCCCCUCUUUUAUAUCCAUAAAACUCUUAAAGAAAAAGACCUAAGAAAACUCACCAAAUUAUCUUCUCCGCUUCAGUUUCUCUCUGUUGCUCUCUUUUGAUCUUGAUUGCUCUGAAAUAAACGAGAGGGGGAGAGAAGAGCAAAGCCAAAAAAAAAAAAAAAAACACACCCAAAAAAAAGAAUAAAAAAGUUCCAAAAACCAAAAAAAAAAUUAUGGCUCAGGUUCAACCUCAAGGUCAGAAUCCAAACGGUUCGGGAACAGCGGGCGGUACGACGUCGCUUUAUGUUGGAGAUCUGCAUGCGAAUGUCACGGACGCGCAGCUCUUCGAGGCGUUUAGCCAGAUGGGUCAAGUUGUGACCGUUCGUGUCUGUCGGGAUUUGGCUACUCGGAGAUCUCUCGGUUAUGGAUAUGUCAACUUCGCCACUCCUCAAGAUGCUGCAAGAGCGAUUCAAGAAAUGAACUACAUUCCUCUUAAUGGAAAACCUGUCAGGGUUAUGUACUCUCAUCGUGAUCCUAGUGUUCGCCGAAGUGGUGCAGGAAACAUAUUCAUCAAGAAUCUUGACAAGUCCAUAGACCACAAAGCGUUGCAUGAUACGUUUUCUGCGUUUGGGAACAUUAUCUCGUGCAAGGUAGCUGUGGAUUCUUCAGGGCAAUCGAAAGGCUAUGGGUUUGUGCAAUAUGAAACUGAGGAAUCUGCCCAGAAAGCUAUGGCUCAAUUGAACGGCAUGUUACUGAAUGAUAAGCAAGUGUAUGUCGGACCUUUCCUCAGGAGGCAAGAAAGAGACUCUACCGCUAACGUAACAAAAUUCACCAAUGUGUAUGUGAAGAAUCUUGCUGAAUCAACUACUGAUGAUGAUUUGAAGAACACUUUUGGUGAGUUUGGAAAUAUUACAAGUGCGGUGGUGAUGAAAGAUGGAGAUGGGAAGUCAAAGGGCUUUGGUUUUGUUAACUUUGACAAUGCCGAUGAUGCUGCUAAGGCUGUGGAAGCUCUGAAUGGGAAGACAUUUAAUGAUAAGGAAUGGUUUGUUGGUAGGGCCCAAAAGAAGUCUGAAAGGGAAACGGAACUAAAGGUUCGGUAUGAGCAGAGUUUAAGGGAAGCUGCAGACAAGUUUCAAAGCUCUAACUUGUAUGUUAAGAAUUUAGAUGACAGUAUCUCUGACGAGAAACUGAAGGAGCUUUUUACACCUUAUGGCACUGUUACAUCUUGCAAGGUGAUGCGGGAUCCGAAUGGCAUAAGCAGGGGCUCUGGUUUUGUAGCAUUCUCAACUCCUGAAGAAGCAAGCAAAGCUAUGUCAGAGAUGAGUGGUAAAAUGAUUGAAAACAAACCUCUCUAUGUUGCUGUUGCUCAGAGAAAAGAGGACAGAAGGGCGAUACUCCAGGCUCAGUUUUCCCAAAUGAGACGGGCAAUGCCACCAUCUGUUGGGCCUCGUAUGCAGAUUUAUUCCCCUGGUGGUCCAGGUAUUGGACAACAAGUGUUUUAUGGUCAGGCACCUCCUCCUAUGAUUCCUCCGCAGUCCGGGUUUGGCUACCAGCAACAGAUGGUUCCUGGAAUGAGACCCGGUGGUGGACCGAUGCACAAUUUCUUCAUGCCAAUGGUUCAGCAUGGCCAGCAGCGUCCUGGAGGUAGACGCCCUGGUGGGAUCCAGCAUUCUCAUCAUCAUCAGCAGCAGCAAGUUCCCAUAAUGCAGCAGCAGCAGCAGCAGCACCCGAGGGGUCGCAUGUUCCGCUAUUCGCAAGGCCGUGGAAGUGGUGGUCCCCCUGAUGUUCCUGGAAUGCUUCCAUAUGAGAUGCCUAGUAAUAUGCCGCUACGUGACCCUGUGCUUUCUCAACAUGUUCCUAUCGGAGCUUUGGCUACAUCUCUUGCUAAUGCGUCUCCAGAACACCAGAGGACGAUGCUGGGCGAGAAUCUGUAUCCGCUUGUGGAACAGCUUGAGGCAGAGUCUGCAGCUAAAGUGACUGGGAUGCUUUUGGAGAUGGAUCAAACCGAAGUGCUCCAUCUCUUGGAGUCACCUGAAGCUCUCAAGGCUAAAGUAGCCGAGGCUAUGGACGUUCUCAGAAGUGUUGCUGCGGGUGGUGCAGCCGAGCAGCUUGCCUCUUUGAACCUCAACGACAACCUUGUCUCUUAAGUCUUCUUGUCUUCUUGUUGGAUUUGGGAAAAUACAGUUUUCGUAGUGUGGUUUUUGUCUUUUCUUUACACAUUUGGAGACUUCUUUUUCUGUAGGAUUCUUUGACAUGGUUUGUUUUCUCCCUUCCACCCUUCAAACUUGAUAUGUUUUGUUUUUGUUUAAAAACUUGAUUGGAUGUCGUUUGUUUUUCUUGAAAACAAAUUUUAAAGCCA